UUACAGGGUAGAUUACCAAGGAGAACGCAGACAGUUGUGCUGUCGACCUACAUGUAGCUCUUGUGCAGAGAGACCUUGAAAAGCAACGUUUCCAGCCAAGCUUGUAAAAGCAGAAGUGGAGCAUCCAGACAUGCCCAGAGGCCUCAGCUGCUUAGCGAGCCCUGAGGGGGCAAACGGCAGGUAUGAGACCCCCCCAGCUUCAGAGCUCCAGAGGCUGAUGUGGACAAAGAAAGGGACCAGCAACCAUCUGGAUGAGGUCCAGCCCAGGAUCUACAUAGGAGACAUGUAUGCAGCCAAAGACAAGAGGACUCUCCAGGCUCACCACAUCACCCAUGUACUUAACGCCGCUGAUGGGAAGUUCAACGUUAACACAGGCCCCAGCUUCUACCGAGACACAAAAAUCACUUAUCAUGGAGUGGAAGCUUUUGACAUGCCAUCCUUUAACUUGAGACCCUUCUUUUACCCAGCGGCCAAUUUCAUCAAGAACGCUUUGAGCUCGCCCACAGGUAAAGUGUUCGUCCACUGUGCAAUGGGUCUCAGCCGCUCUUCCACCUUGGUCCUGGCCUACCUGAUGAUCAACGAGAACAUGACGCUGGUGGAUGCCAUUAAAGCUGUCAGCACCAACAGGAACAUCUCACCUAAUUCUGGGUUCCUGGAGCAGCUUCGAGAGCUGGAUAAAGAGCUGCACUUCCAGGGAUCAUCGAAGAGCUACAGCCUCAAUGGGCGGACUUGAAAUAAAAUCCAUCAGUCCAUAAAUUUGGAUUUGCUGCUUCCUCUGAGUUGGAAGUAGAUAUCACAACAAAGAUAUGUAUGUACAAACAUGUUUUAAUUGUCUUUUCUUUGUAAGAUAUAUUCCACUUCUUGUGAAAAAAUUAAAGUGCCAUAUAAAUACAUUAAAGGAUUAUUUUUUAAAUAUUUUUAUUGUUAUUAAAAAAUACCAUUAAUAGACCAAAACAAACACUUAAUUUAUCUUAAUAACAGGUCAUGUUUGUGUAAAACAUGUCAAUCAUCACCCAUAAA